UUUCCAGCAGUGUAUACAACUCAAAAUGUGUCUUCGGGUCAAUGCGACUGAUUUCGAUAGAGCAGGUCACAUAUAGUCUAGAUGCCAGCUCAGAGUCCUAAAGUGAACCCUGAAAUGUUGAGAACCCCACAUUUUUAUUUUAGAUAUUGUAUAGUAGGGUCCCCAGCCCAUAGAAACUGCCGGAUGCUAACCUGCAUAUGUUGGGCAAUUUGCACAUUUAGCACAAGUUUUGUUAAUAAGCAUGAAUUACCAUUAUAGCCUACAGUAUGUGGACAAUGUGGGUAAUUGAGGAUGCCGAGUCCAUUUCUGACAUUUUCAGUAUCAGAAAACGCCAAUAUUUGUACUUUGUGGGCUUAUUUUUAUGCAUUUUGGGUCGAUUUGGAAAAUGUAGCAGACAUUGGACAGAUUAAUAAUUUUCAUCUUUUGCUCUCUAUAUCCAAUGUUUGCAACACUGCUCAUGGUGGUCGAAAUCACAAAUUCUAUGUGCUGGGGACCCUAACUGUACAUUUCUAACGAAAAAAUGUGGGGUACUCAACAUUUCAGGGUACACUAUGCUGGCAACUAGACUAAUAGGCUGAUAACAUAUAAACCCUUUGGCUGUCAUAAUCUCAUGUCCCCCCUGAAGAAGAGCACAGAGGUUAUGAAACAACGCGUUCAGGAGCACUUCGAGAACAUGCACUGUGUCCUGAAGCAGGAUGAGCAAGCAGUGCAGGACUCUCUAGAGCUGGACCUGAGACAGGCCCGGACCAGACUGGACCAGGUUCUGAAGACCUGGCAGCUCCACCAGGACCAGGUCACUAAGAGCAUCAGCAGCAUGCAGAGAGCUCUGAGCAACAGUCCCUUGGCAGACAAAGACGAUAAGGGUCAGCCAGAGAAUCUGAGAAAUCACAGUCAUAAGAAACCGGAUGUCACCGAGAAGGAAAUCCGCCUGAAUGAAGAGAGAUUUAAAAGGCUCCUCAAAACAUUAUCGUCCAUCUCCAAACAACUUAAAGCUCAGCUGCAGAGGAAGACGCUGCUGUUAGAUUCCUCCCCCAUGGUGAUUGACAGGCAGACUUGCCAUAGCCAGAUCACGGUGACCUCAGAGGGGUGGGGCCUGUCCUUCUCCGGCUCCGCCUGCUCGGGACCAGCUCACCCCCUUCAGUUUGAUAAGGUGUGCUGUGCUCUGGGCUCAGCUCCAGUCACAGCCGGUCAGAGGUACUGGGAGGUGGACGUGCGUUGCUGCUCUGCCUGGGCUCUGGGCGUGGCCUAUGCCAGCAUGGAGAGGAAGGGCCAGGAUAAGGGCAGCAAACUGGGCCGGAACAGGAACUCCUGGUGCUUGGAGCUCCGCAACAGCAAUCUGUCUGCGUGGCACAACGACCGGCAUGUAGCGUGCAAAGGCGUCGGGCAAACGCAGCUGGGAAAGGUGGGGAUAUGGCUGAACUAUGACAAGGGUCAGCUGCUUUUCUACGACGCAGACACCAUGGCGGUCCUACAAAUGUUCUCAGCAGCGGUGACACCAGUGUUCGACCGCGCUCACCACCAGUUCACCCAGCCUGUGUACCUUGCCGUGCGCUUCCUGAGACCACCACAGAACCAGAUGUGGCCCAAUCACCUGGAGCUCUGUCCCAUCAGCACUGCAUGAUGCUGCAGUGUCACACCAGACAGUGAUCAGGGCUACAUCUGGAUGUUUUGCUAAUGAUGUGUGCAAUCUGUUGUGUCGAAUUUAUUCAUAGGUUUAUAUGAGAGCAGCUGUACAGUAAAAUACAUCAUGAUAACAGAUGAGACAGCUAACCUGAAGUCAAUGUCCAGAAGCAGACUCUUCAUUGGCUCAUGUUUUCCCUCCAGGUUCCGCAGCGUGAUCAGCUCCUGAAGUCUGGAAAAACUUUAAUCAUUAUUGGCUUAAAAUAAUUCGAGAGAAAUGUUUAAAAGGUCAUUCAUUGCUUAUUUUCAGCGUAGUUCAAUGCAUUGCCACAUGUAUCAUCAUCAGCACAAAUCACCUGCAUUACAGUUCAUAUGCAUUUGGUAUUUUAAGUCCUUUGUAAUAAAGGUAUCUUUGACCACUA